GACGUAGCGAAGCUUUUCGCGAAGGUCGAAGUUCGCUUCGUACCUUCGGCUGAAAGGCGCGGGGCUCGAGGUCGGAUGGCUUCUGUCGUUGCCUGAAAGGCGUAGGACGAUGAGCGUCGGGACCAAGGCAGGGUGCUUUUGUUUCUGGUCCGCGGAAUCAAAUAUCUCGAUCGCACCUCGUCCGGCCUCCUGGCUCUCCAGACCUCGGGCGGCUGCCCUCAAAAAUUAUUUGGUACUUCUUGAGAGCAAGAGGAUGCGCCUGGCGCAAGCUCGAAGGAGGUUUUCUUUCAGGAUGGCUCUGGAUGACGGCCCCUUCACUGAGGCGGCCAUUCCUGCCAGCGCGGCCGUAACAUGCAAGAGCCCGUCACGCCGUCACCAUUUUCCUUCUCUGCUUCUGGAGAGCCCUUCUACUAUUCACUGGCUUCCUGUCAACAUCUUCUUUGUACGGCCUGUGGCCUGCGACUAUUUCUCUCGCAAAUGCGUCGCACGCCGGACGCGUUAUCUCCAAUGGGGAACAAUAGACGAAUCGCGUGCCGUAAUGACACCGGCCAGGACGUAUCGGACACCUUCUGAUGCAUAUACCGAGAUAAACAAUGGCGCACUAUAUCUUGAAAGGCCUGCGACCCUAUCGACUACCCUACGAGAACCAUUCGCACUCGACACCGCCUUGAAAGUGCGCCAACUCGCGGCAGGACGAACCGGUCGGUUCUCCUACGCGUCUCCCCUUGGAGCCUUCCAUACUGCAUGGAGUAGGUGUAUAUAAGCGCGGUUCGUCAAUUCAAGACAUUCCCAUGUUUCCCGGCGCCUUUGUCCAUCAAGAUCUUCCCUCGCGACUUGGCCGUUUACUACCCUCAUUGCCUUUCUACCUCCCCAUCGCAAAGCUAGUCUCUGCACGCUCGUCAAUGAUGACAAUAUACCGCCUCUCUCGUCUCGCCGCCCGCCGCACUACGCGAUAU